UGCAAAUUUACAUUUUUUUCUUUUACGAUUCACUAGUACAAUUGAAAUUCAUUUCCUCGAUUCGUGAUUGAUUGAAACCGCCAUAAUAAUGACGAGACUGUCAUCAUCAUCAAUGACAUCAAGAUCACAUCUCAUCAAUUUAACCUGCUCAUACAUUUGCUGCACUACGUUUCGUUUGUUCAGCAUAUGCCUCUUAGCACUUUUAUUACCUCUGUUGGAUAAUAGUUGCUCAGCGACACAGCCCACAUCUCUGGGUGUACAUAUAGUGCGCUCACCUGAAUCUGCAGUGGCUCCCAAGGGCGAUGAAGUUGUUUUUGAGUGUGAAUUAAAUUUGAAUCCAGAACGUUUGGAAUGGCGCUUUCGUCACACAAGUUCACGUGCCGCUGAUGCCAAUAAUUUUCGCUAUUUAAGGAGAGAGGAUGGUUUUAAUAUAACAAACGAUGAUCGUACGUUUAAAUUGCGAAUUUUCGUAGCACCUGAAAAUCUUGGAGAUUAUCAAUGCGUUGCAUGGUUUGGUUCUGCAGCGAUAGCAUCAACAUCAGCACGGCUUACAUUAGUUUCCAUUAGUAUAGACAACUCCAAUGGUUUUAGUCGGAAUGCAAUACGUUGGAGUAUUCCAACCAAAAAUUGUGUUCUUAUACGUUGUGGUUCAGUUACCUCAAAUCCACCAGCUGUUUGGAGUUUUUAUCGCAAUGGAGAAAAGUUUCCUCAAACUGAAAUAUUGCCAUCAUCAAAUGGUGCACUUAUAUUAAAUUCGGUUACUACUAAAGAUUCAGGAAAUUACACAUGCUCAGCCAUGAAUGCUAUAACUGGAACUGAAUUAACAUUGCCACAACGUAUUGAUUUACGUGUAGACUAUAUGGAUCGUAUGCCACCAUAUUUUCCAAGACAGCCACCGAAAAACGUAACAGCGCGUCCUGGUGAGACUAUAGUACUUGAAUGUCCUGGUGUUGGUUCACCAAAACCUGAAGCUGUUUGGAGUAGUCCAAACGUUGUUAAUUAUAAUAACAAUCGUACUAAAAUGUUGCCUUAUGGUCUGCAAAUAACUGAUGUUAAACCUGAGGAUCAAGGUACAUAUAUUUGCCGUUUAGAUAAUGGUAUUGCUCCAGCUUUGGUGCACACAACGAAAUUAGUUGUAUUGGAACGGCCAAAAAUUUUACGUGGUCCAGCAACUACAUUGACAAAUGAAAACUCACGUUUGGAAUUGGAAUGUUCAGUCACCGGAAAUCCACAUCCCGAUAUUUAUUGGUUAAUAAAUGGUGAGGAUACAUCGUUGGAUAAUGAAACUUUUCACGAAGGUCGUCGUUUGGUUAUUAAAAAUGUUGAAAAACGACAUGCAGGCAUUGUGCAGUGUUUUGCUAAAAAUGAAGUGGGUGAGACUAGCGAAGCUAAUUUGUUGCAAGUCAAUCCGAAACAAAUCGGAGAAACGGGUUCUGCACCUUUAGGAAAUGUCCCAGUGCGUCAAUCGCAUGAACAUUCAGGAAAUAAAAAUAAAGGCAGGCGAAAGCAUAAAGUUUUUAAAAUUGUACCUCCAUCACGUCCCAAUGUUACGCGCCUCUCUGAUGAUUCCGUUAUGUUACGCUGGCAUGUGCCAAAGAAUGAUGGAUUAGCUAUAACAUUCUUCAAGGUUCAAUAUAGGAUGUUGGGUGGCAUAAAUCGUACAAUACCGCGUGAAACUUGGCAGACCACCUAUGAGGAUAUAAAAUUUGGUAAAAGAGAUCGUAACAAUGAUGGUGUGACUAAUUUCACAUCGUCUGUGACCGGUCUUAAACCAGAUCGAUUUUAUCGUUUUCGUAUUAUUGCUGUUUACUCAAACAAUGACAAUAAAGAGGGAAAUAUAUCUGCGAAAUUCUUUUUACAACGUGCCGAUACGCUUGGUCCAACUAAAUCUAAGCUACCCACACCAGAAUUGGCACCUAUAGAACCAAUCUCAGAUACAGCUGUUGUGCUACAUUGGACACUACAAGAAAGUCCUGAGAAUAUGGUUGAUGGAUUUUAUGCUUACUACAGGCACACCUCGUCUGCUGGCGAUUAUAUGAAAGCCACGGUUGAUGGUAUGCAUACGCGGAAAUUUAAAAUAGACACACUGGAUCCAGAUACUAUGUAUGAAUUCAAAUUACAGUCAUUCAAUGCUUUAGCAGCAUCAGACUUUAGCACGAUUAUACAGGGUAAAACGAAAAAACAAGUUAAAACUAUGCCCACAGAGCCGCCUGUUGUGACAACAACUAAGGCAAAUGAAGAAGAUAAUUCUAUUUAUCCAGUUAUCGCUGGUGCUGCUGGUGGCGGUAUCUUAUUACUGCUUGCAACUAUAGCAGUGUGUUUAUGUAUGAAACGGCGGAUAAAUGCACAAACGGAAGAUGAAGACAAACCUCAGUUGGAUCAUCUGCAAGCAGAUUUUGUGGUACCCGGCGUUUUGGGAGUUAAUACACAUCACAAAUCUGGUCACCGCUUGAAUGGUGUUAUGCCGCGUAUGAAUAUCACACCGAAUCCAUUGGCUCAAGAAGCCGAUAAGAAUCGAAAUGUGAUGGAACUAAGAUUUUUGCCAAACACCACACAAACGACACCCUCAACAACAUCACAUCAUAGUGACGAGCAACUAAAUAGUGACGAUACACAACAACAAAUACAACAACAUCGCUCGUCAUCAUCAUGCGAGACACUGGAAGCGAGUGAAGGUAUCACAACUACUACAAACACAACAACAACUAACACACAAACUACCAACAAUAAACAUUGUAAUGGAGUGAUUGAUACAAAUUCUCCACUCUCCAAACCGUUACCACCAUUACCAACAAAAACAAAUCAAAAUGUCUCCACUAACUGUAACAAUACAACAAAUGCAGCUGCUAAAUCGAACCAUACAACCCCAACAGCUAAAACAAACUUACAUACUCAUCUUGGUUCACAUCAAGGAAUACAUCACGCUCAACCUUAUCAUCAAACUUCAACACCGGGUACUCCUUCGAUGUUACACAAACGUGAAUAUCAACCACAUCACAAUCACAACAAUCAUCAGCCUCCACCAGUACCACCACAUCAGAAUAACAAUCAUCACUUGCACAAUCCAUAUCACCAGUCAACUACACCGCACACAACGCCGGCUAUGGAGCAGCAUCGUCGCACUUUAGAACGCAGCGCACGCAAUUUACACUAUCAAAUGCCACCAAAUACACAAACCUCGCCGCAUGACUCUUCCAUGAAUAUUGAGGGCCUCCCGACACGUAUACCCUCGCUGCGACGCACAAGACGUACUUCGGGCAAUGCAAACAAUAACAAUGGCGGCGUGGGUAUACCCAUCGUACCGGGCAGUCCGCGUGUUCAACGCUCUCCAAUGCCAGCGCGCGCCAUGAUCAAACGCAACAGGCUGGGUAGUCACAAUGACAACAUUUCGUCGGGCAGUCUCAACAGUAUUGAAGUGUGAAUUUAUUUCUAAAGCAGGUUUAGGUAUAGGCUUAGGCGUAGGCGUAGGCGUAGGCGUAGGCGUAGGCGUAGGUGUAGGUGUAGUUAUAGGCGUAAGCAGUGCAAGCAAUAUAAGCUCAGUAUUUACUUGAGGCGAGACUUAAUUUAACUUUAUUUUAUUAAAUAUAAUAUUUUAAUUA